ACAGACAUUGCAGUCGGUAAAAAAAUGGCUGCACGAAAACAAUUUCCUUUAAUUUGUGCUGAAAGUGUCACAACUCACAAAAGUCAAGGUCAAACUUAUCCAUAUGUUUGUGUGCAUAAUCAAGGAAUGACACGUACAAUGCAGUAUGUUGCAUAUAGUCGAGUUACAGAUCUUAAAAAUUUGUAUAUCGAUGGAAACUUUAAGCCACCAGCUCCGUUAGACAACACCAGCAACCUUAAGGUUGAAAUAGACAGGUUAAAAAAUGAAAAACGCUUAAUAACUUUCGAACAACCAUUAGAUGAUUUACAUGGGAUUAAAAUUAUUUUUCAUAACGCCUUAUCAUUACGUAAAUAUAUAGGCUGCGUUCGAAAUGAUAAAUGGUUUCAUGGAGCUGAUGUUAUGAUAUUCGCUGAAACACGGACAUUACCUAAUGAUGAUAUUUCUAUUGAUGGAUUCGAUAUUGAAUUCAGAUCUGAUGAGAAAAAUGUCAGUAGGAAAUUUUUACGAAGAUUAGUGGUCUAUAAGAGACAAAACUGUGUUGUCUCUACUAUCAUUAAUGUGACUCAAGAUUUACAAUUAGAGAACAAAGUAGAACAUGUUGAUUUAGUAACUUUAAAAAUAAAUGACUUGUUUGUCAUUGGCGGUUAUAAAUCUCCUAAUGCUACUCGAGAUUUAUUCAAGAAGUGCAUGAAUAACAUGACUAAUUCAUGCGAUAUAAAUAGUCACAUAGAAGAACCUAAGAAAAUUACUAUUAGUAAGGGUUCUAAAAACGUUCCACUUAAAAAUACUACAAGUGUUCUGUGUAAAAAGAAGACAGAUGAAGUUGAAAAAUCAACUUCUCUAUCUGUUGAAGAAAUAUUACUCAAAAUUUCUGACAGUGAUUCUUCUUUAGAUAAAAUUCAAAUAAUUUUGGAUCAUAAUAGCAACACCAUAUCUAAAUUGACACUUGAAAUAUACAACGCCACAAGUAGUAGUAUCAAUAAUUUCCAUAGCAACCUUUCGAAAAAUUCUCAUCGUUGUGAAAUCAAGUUGAAUAUAGAAGACUUGUCAAGUCAAAAUGCUGCAAUAAAUAAAUUACUGAAUGAAACAUUUACCUUCAGUGAUGUUAUUAAAGAUGGUAAUUGUUUAUUUCGGACAUUAGCUAAAUCUAUAAGUCUCAAUGAAAAUGAAUAUAUGAAUAUUAGGUUAUUUAUCAUAAAAUAUAUUCGCUGUAACAAAACCAAAUAUAAUACGCUUCUUUCUCGUGGAGCAAUCUCUGUCCAAGACGAAGAUGGAUUGAAUAUACCUGAUCCGAAAAUUGACGAUUUUUUGCGUAUAAUAGCUCGGGAUCAUGUUUGGGGAAAUGAAGGUUCGCUCUAUGCGAUAAGUGAUGCAUUAAAAAUAAUUGUUGUUGUCAUAGGUGUAGCCUCAAAAACACAUAAGAUGAGUCAUAUUUUCAGAUAA